AUGAGCAGCCCUGACGCCGCAAGAGCCAAAUUCUACGAGGACCUUCAUGCCCUCCUGGCAACUGCGCCGAAGGCGGACAAGUUGAUUAUCCUUGAUGACUUUAACGCCCGCGUCGACACAGACCACGCAGCAUGGAGAGGAAUGUUGGGUUCCCAUGAUUUCCACGGCUCCAGUGACAAUGGCCUACUCCUCCUAAGAACCUGUGCAGAAUAUCACCUCAUCCUGACCGACAUCUUCUUCCGCCUCCCGAUGCGAAAGAAAGCCACCUGGAUGCAAACUCGGUCGCGUAAGGGGCACCUGCUGGGCUAUGUCCUCGUCUGGAGGCCAGACCAGCGGGACGUGCUGGUGACAAAGACGAUCCCGGUUUCCAACGAGUGGACCGACCAUCGUAUCUUCAUCUCUAAGACGACGAUUCGCCCAUAG